CUCAGAGAAAUGUUUGAAAUCUAGAAGGACAGAUAGAGGGAUCUGGGCAGAGGCAGAGGGGACAGAGAGGCAGGGAGGGGGGCCGAAGAGGCCCAGUGGGGUGUGGACCCAUUUCUGGUCAGGCGGCCUAACGGGAGGGACCUGGCCACUCUGGACAGGCAGGAGAGAAUGCGUCUCUCCAAAGCCCUUGUCGACAUGGAGAUGGCCGAUUACAGUGCUGCCCUGGACCCAGCCUACACUACUCUGGAAUUUGAGAAUGUGCAGGUGUUGACCAUGGGCAAUGAUGCAUCUCCAUCUGAAGGUGUCAACCUCAACGCCCCAAAUAGCCUGGGCGUCAGUCCCAUGUGUGCCAUCUGCGGGGACCGUGCCACAGGCAAGCAUUACGGGGCCUCCAGCUGCGAUGGAUGCAAGGGCUUCUUCCGCAGGAGCGUGAGGAAGAACCACAUGUACUCGUGCAGGUUUAGCCGCCAGUGUGUGGUCGACAAGGACAAGAGGAAUCAAUGUCGUUACUGCAGGCUGAAGAAGUGUUUCCGGGCAGGAAUGAAGAAGGAAGCCGUACAGAACGAACGGGACCGGAUCAGUACACGGAGAUCAAGCUAUGAAGACAGCAGUCUCCCAUCCAUCAAUGCCCUCCUACAGGCUGAAGUACUCUCCCAGCAGAUCACAUCUCCCAUCUCAGGAAUCAGUGGGGACAUCCGGGCCAAGAAAAUUGCUAGCAUUGCUGAUGUAUGUGAAUCCAUGAAGGAGCAGCUUUUGGUGCUGGUGGAAUGGGCCAAAUAUAUCCCUGCCUUCUGUGAGCUGCCUCUAGAUGAUCAGGUGGCCCUGCUUCGGGCUCACGCUGGGGAACACCUGCUGCUGGGGACCACCAAACGGUCCAUGGUAUUCAAGGACGUAUUGCUGUUAGGGAAUGACUACAUUGUCCCACGGCACUGCCCUGAAUUGGUGGAAAUGAACCGUGUUUCUGUGCGAAUCCUGGAUGAGCUGGUGCAACCCUUCCAAGAGCUGCAGAUCGAUGACAAUGAAUAUGCCUGUCUGAAGGCCAUCAUCUUUUUUGACCCAGAUGCCAAAGGGCUGAGCGACCCUGGCAAAAUCAAGCGGAUGCGGUCACAGGUGCAGGUGAGCCUGGAGGACUACAUCAAUGACCGGCAGUAUGAUUCCCGAGGUCGCUUUGGGGAGUUGCUCCUGCUGCUGCCCACCCUGCAGAGCAUCACCUGGCAGAUGAUCGAGCAGAUACAGUUCAUCAAACUCUUCGGUGUGACCAAGAUCGACAACUUGCUGCAGGAGAUGCUGCUGGGGGGAUCUUCCAGUGAAGCACCCCAUGCUCACCACCCCCUGCACCCUCACUUGGUGCCAGAGAACAUGGGCACCAAUGUGAUAGUCGCCAAUACCAUGCCUGCCCAGAUCAGCAAUGGACAGAUGUGUGAGUGGCCCCGUCCUGGGUGGCGGACAGCCACUCCUGAGACCCCACAACCCUCUCCGCCAGCCAGCUCAGGCCCCGAGCCCUACAAGCUACUGCCAGGAGCCAUUGCCACGGUGGUCAAGCCUCCCUCAGCCAUCCCUCAGCCCACCAUCACCAAGCAGGAGGUCAUCUAACAUGGGGCUAGAGGGGUCAGGGGAGGCCAGCCAGACACUGCCCCUCCCCAGCCUGGCUUUGUCCUUCUCUGGCCUCCAGAGGGACCAGCUCCCCAAGAACUCCUAGUGCUCUUGGUGAAGUAGGACAACUAUGAGACCUGCCCUAGGAUCACAAAGACACAAUGGAGAGCCAGGGCUCAGGCUGAGAGCUCCAGCUGUCAACUUGUGUGCCUUAAUGCAAUCCUCUGCCUAUUUUGGGAGACAUGGAGGGAAGUUGGGAACAGUCACCUUUGGUGGAGACUAGUUGUUUUUCAAUACUUUCUCCCCACCCAACCGGUUUCCUCUUCUCCUGACUCAGCCCCAAAAGAGAUGCCACCUUUUCCUCUCAGGAUCUUUCUAGAACCACCAGUUAGGACAUCCACCCUGUCUUCCCCUUUGGAGACUAAAAGCCUUGAGACUCGGAGACCUUCGGGGAGAGGAUGGGCCAGGCCAGGACUCUCUCUGCCUACUCCCACUGCCACCCCAGUCCCAAUAUCCCCAAGAACUUUCAUUCAGAAGAAAUCUUCCUCUCUAGGCUGGAGAAGACUCAGAGACUAAAAUGGUGAUAGUUCAGUCAUUUGACAAACUUUAUGAAGCAUCUACUGGACCAAACUCUGUGCCAAGCACUGUGUGGAACAUAGCUGAAGAAGACUCAGCCCCCACACUUACGGAGCGAGCUGAGAAGACAAGAAACAUGGGCAUAAGACAACUAGAGAACAAUUCAAAGCAAUAAAAAUAUAGUAGGAAUGCAGGAGAAGGAGAAGAUUCACUGUGGAUUGGGGGUAGUCCAGUAGGGCUUCACAGAAAAAAGGAUUUGGAUUUGUGUAGACAAAUAGAGAAGAUAUUCCAGUUGGGGAGGGGGGAAGCCUGAGCAAAGGUACAGAGCUGGGAAUCAGUCCUGUCUGUGAUGAGACCAAGUGCCUUCGGGUACAGUGAGUUGUGGUCUUAGGUAAGGUGAGGCGAGUUGAUGGAGAGCCUUGAAAGCCAAUAUAGACUUGAUUUGUUUCUGUUGCAGAUUCUUUAGCCAGGGAGGGGGCAAAUGUUACCCUCCACUCAAAAGAGUUCUCAGGGUAAUAAAGUCAGUGGUUUCUCCCUGCCAUUCUGUAAUUCCCCCUCAUCAUGGAGAGAGGACAAAAACUGUGGUUUCCCUCUCAAACUUUGACCCAUCCUAGGGCUAAAUUGGCCUCAAAUCCAGGCUGGAAUCUAUAAUUCUUUUCUCCCAACUCAUUCUCUUUUCAGGGAAUGCUGGGAUGGGAGGUCAGCAGGUUUGUCCUUCAAGGCCUCCUGGAGGCUUUCAUUCUGUUAGACAGUACUUGGGGGCUAGAGGCAAAAUUUCCCUGCAGGUACUGAAACAGUAGGGACAUCUAGGAGAUCACUUCUCCAGGAAGAGGCUACUGAUGAGUCAGAACUAUAGAGAAGUCAGUCCAAAGCUAGAGAUGAUGGGUAGAAAGGUAACAUCUCAAACUGGUUCCCUCUUCUUUAGCAAUAACUUUUCAAAGGAUCUCAGAAUGUCAGAGCUGGAAGAGAUCCUUGGGGAUGGAUCAUAAAGUCUAACCCUCUCCUUUUAAAGAGGAGCAAAGGCCCAGAGAGGAAGAGUGACUUGUCCAAGGUCGCAUGAGUAAUCAGUGGCAGAACACCCAUGCUUCAAAGACAACAAAUCCUUUCAGCAGCCAAGACUGAAAACAGAGGUAGCCAUAGCUAAACUGUGAAAUCUACAGAUUCCUCUGGUCUUUCAGGUGCUCCUUUCUCUUCCCAGGGGUGACCCCCUUCAGGACCCAAAGAAUCAUGUAUUCUGCUGUUUUCUGCCUACUAGAGAAUGGACUCUAAAGUACUUUUUAUAGAUAGGCAGUUUGAGAGGUGCUAGGACAUUCUACCAGCCCUGCCUAAAUCUCCAACCAGUUGGUCUAUAAAUGCCAACAUUAAAUCUUCAUGCCUUUGGAUUUUUCCAUCUUCCAGAGCCUCCUCUUAAAAUCCAGGGCAUGGAAAGAGAGGAGGGAGGGUACCAAACACAAACUCCAACAAACUUAAUAAUUUGCUGCACAUGAAAAAGUCACAAGUUGAGUAGAGUCUCCUGGUAAAGACCAAUCCCUCAACAUCCCCAAUCUUUACACUUCCUCCCUCCCUCCAAGUUUCCUGAGAUCCACUAAGGCCACACUGGGGAAGGAAAUGUCAAGGAAAGGUGGGUUAUUGCCUUGGUCUAUACUCCCCCUGAUAACUGUUCUCUCUAGGGCCAAAUUUGGACAAAUAUUUCUGGGCAUGGCCUGGUGUGUCUGGGCAUUUGAACCUGUUUGGGGGUGGAAGUGAAUAUAUGUAUGUAGGGAGGGAAGGAGGGAGGUUUCAGUAUCAACUGAAGUCAUCCUGGGAGUGGUGAUAAGGUAGAAUCCAAGCUGCCACCAUCCCCCUCAAACCCUGGUCACUGGGCUUUCUUGCAAUUGUGGGCUGAGGACAAGGGGACAUUGCCUCUUCCAUGACUGUCCUAGUCUCAGGAUCCCCAUGAGGUAGAGGUGGCAAAUUCCUUGGUACUUCCCAAGCUGGGUUGUACACCAGGGUUUCUACCACCCCUCACUCUCUUGGCAUGGUCACCUCAGAAACCUUGAAGGUUCUUCCAGGAGUCAAGGGAAGAGGCAGUGACUGAAAGUUGGCAACAUUGUAAUGGCAAAGCCAAUCAUAUUCACUAAAUUAUUCUGUAAUUUGCCUUGAUCAUCUCUAAUUGUGUAAUUCCAGAUAAUGCCAAACCCCCAGGGUCAUUGCAAUGUUCCAGUCAUUAGUACAUUCUCCUCCCCUCCCUCAAAAAAAUUCUGGGGGCGUUGAGAAUGGGGGCACGAGUAGUGCUGUUGAUGGAGCAGACUUUUUGGACCCUUCCCACUGCCAUCAUUACCAUCCAGUAGGGAAAGAACACUUCUUAGCCCUAGUUUGUAUUUCAAAAAAGUUUUUUUUUUAAAAAAAAACCUUCAAAAUAAAUAUCAAGGAUAUUUUCUAACUCUUCCCAGAA